AUGCCUGCCGACGAACUGAGCAUCUCGGCCUAUGGCCCCGCCCGCUCCACCAUCAAGGGUGAACCCCUCGAUGCCGAGGAGCUCCGCAAGACGGACGCCUAUUUCCGCGCCAGCUUGUAUCUGUGUCUGGGCAUGCUGUACCUCCGCGAUAAUGUGCUGCUGAAAGAACCGCUGAAGAAGGAGCACCUCAAGGCCCGUCUGUUGGGUCACUGGGGCUCCGACGCGGGUCAGUCCUUCACCUGGAUCCACAUGAACCGGUUGAUCAAGAAGUACGAGUUGGAUGUGCUGUUCAUCUCGGGACCCGGCCACGGGGCCCCCGGCAUUCUCUCCCAGUCCUACCUCGAGGGGGUCUACUCCGAGGUCUACCCCGACAAGUCCGAGGAUGUGGUGGGCAUGCAGAAGUUCUUCAAGCAAUUCUCCUUCCCCGGGGGCAUCGGCAGCCACGCCACCCCCGAGACCCCCGGAAGUCUGCACGAGGGCGGGGAGCUGGGCUACUCCAUCUCGCACGCCUUCGGCACCGUCUUCGACCACCCCAAUCUCAUCACCCUGACCAUGGUCGGCGACGGCGAGGCCGAGACCGGCCCCUUGGCGACGAGCUGGCACAGCACCAAGUUCCUGAACCCCAUCACUGACGGCGCCGUGCUGCCCGUGCUGCACCUGAACGGCUACAAGAUCAACAACCCCACCCUCCUGGCGCGCAUCAGCCACGAGGAGCUCUCCGCCCUGUUCUACGGCUACGGCUGGACCCCCUACUUCGUCGAGGGCAGCGACCGCGAGAGCAUGCACCAGGCGAUGGCCGCCACCCUCGAGCACUGCGUGUUGGAGAUCCGCAAGUUCCAGCAGCAGGCGCGCGAGUCCGGCCAGCCCUUCCGGCCGCGCUGGCCGCUGAUCGUGCUGCGGACCCCCAAGGGGUGGAGCGCCCCGCGCCAGGUGGACGGCAAGCUCCUCGAGGGAUUCUGGCGCGCCCACCAGAUCCCCAUCACCGACGUGGGGACCAACCCCGCCCACCUGCACGUGCUGGAGGAGUGGAUGAAGAGCUACCGUCCGGACCAGCUCUUCGACGAGAACGGCACCCUCAUCCCCGAGUUGAAGGCGCUGGCCCCCCGCGGCCCCGCGCGCAUGAGCGCCAACCCGGUCGGCAACGGCGGGCUGCUGCGGCGGCCGCUGGACCUGCCGGACUUCCGCUCGUAUGCCCUCCCCGACCUCGAGCCGGGGGUCUCGGUGCGCGGCAGCAUGAUCAACAUGGCCAAGUUCCUGCGCGACGUGGUGGCGCGCAAUCCAACCAACUUCCGCGUCUUCGGGCCCGACGAGACCGAGUCCAACAAGCUGAGCGAAAUCUACCAGGCGGGCAAGAAGGUGUGGCUGGCCGACUACUUCGAGGAGGACCAGGACGGGGGCAACCUGGCGAUGCAGGGCCGCGUGAUGGAGAUGCUCAGCGAGCACACCUGCGAGGGCUGGCUGGAGGGGUACGUGCUGUCCGGCCGCCACGGGCUGCUCAACAGCUACGAGCCCUUCAUCCACAUCAUCGACUCGAUGGUCAACCAGCACUGCAAGUGGAUCGAGAAGUGCCUGGAGGUCGAGUGGCGCGCCAAGGUCGCCUCGCUGAACAUCCUGCUGACGGCGACCGUCUGGCGCCAGGACCACAACGGCUUCACCCACCAGGACCCGGGCUUCUUGGAUGUGGUCGCCAACAAGAGCCCCGAGGUGGUGCGCAUUUACCUGCCCCCGGACGGCAACACACUGCUCUCCGUCACCGACCACUGCCUGCGCAGCGCCAACUACGUCAACGUCAUCGUCGCCGACAAGCAGGACCACCUCCAGUUCCUCAACAUGGAGGAGGCGGUCGCCCACUGCACCAAGGGGCUGGGGAUCUGGGACUGGGCCAGCAACGACCAGGGCCACGAGCCCGACGUGGUGAUGGCCUGCUGCGGCGACGUCCCCACCCACGAGGCCCUCGCCGCGACCGCGCUGCUGCGCGAGCACCUCCCCCAGCUCAAGGUGCGGUUUGUGAAUGUCGUCGACCUCUUCCGCUUGAUCUCCAAGAUCCACCACCCGCACGGCAUGUCCGACCGCAUGUGGAAGUCCAUCUUCACCGAGGACAAGCCCAUCAUCUUCAACUUCCACUCCUACCCCUGGCUCAUCCACCGGCUGACCUACAAGCGGCCCGGCCAGCACAACAUCCGCGUGCGCGGCUACCGCGAGAAGGGCAACAUCGACACCCCGUUCGAGCUGGCGGUGCGCAACAACACCGACCGGUACAGUCUGGCGAUCGAUGCGAUCGACCACGCCCCGGCCUUGGGGAACACGGCGGCCGGCGUGCGCGAGAAGCUGUUGAAUAUGCAGUUGAUCGCCAAGCAGACGGCCUUCGACGAGGGGGUGGAUCCGGAUUACAUUCGGAAUUGGACGUGGCAAUGGCCGCGGGAGAAGAAGACGGAGGAGGGGGUCUAG